GAAUAUCGAGACUUUGUUUCUCAUUUAUAACACCCUCCCAAUGACCCCAGCAGUGACCAGGCCCCGGCGCCCCCGUUGCCAGGGCAACGCGUCUCCGCCACUUCCGCCAUGACGCCAUCACCGCGCGCCGCCGCUGCCCGCCCGCCGCCGCCGGAACCGGAGCAACCGGAGCCGCCCCCGCACAUGCGCAGAGCGGGCGCCCGGCGGCCCGGGCCUCGCUCCGCCCGGGCCCGGCGCGGCCAUGGGCACCGAGGUCAGCUCCUGUGCAGAGAGUUGUGAGUUUAUGAAGCACCUCAGCAGUUUGUGUCACUCUUCCUAGAAGGUGUCACAGGAAAACUUCACUCUUUUGUUCCAAGAAUUCAGCAAGGCAGUGGAGCCCCGACCUGCUGAGUGGACGGCAGCACCCCUAAAAUGUGUCUCCCUCGGCAGCCAUCCUGCCCAGCCCUGGCCGCGCCCGCUCGCCGGCUGUGCCGCGCCGCCGCCACCUGAUAUGCGCGCUGCUGGUGGCCUGGGGCGGGCUGCGCGGGGCGGGGCCCGAUGCCGGUGAUCCCCAUUCCGCGGCGGGUGCGCUCGUUCCACGGCCCGCACACCACGUGCCUGCACUCCGCCUGCGGCCCCGUGCGCAGCGCGCACCUGGUGCGCACCAAGUACAACAACUUCGACAUCUACCUGAAAUCGCGCUGGAUGUACGGCUUCAUCCGCUUCCUGCUCUACUUCAGCUGCAGCCUCUUCACCUCCAUCCUCUGGGUGGCUCUGUCGAUCUUGUUUUGCCUUCAGUACCUCGGCAUCCGCAUCUUCCUGCGCUUCCAGUACAAACUGUCCAUCAUCCUGCUGCUGCUGGGCCGGAGGCGGGUGGACUUCAGCCUGAUGAAUGAACUGCUCAUCUACGGGAUCCAUGUCACCAUGCUGCUGGUGGGGGGGCUGGGCUGGUGCUUCAUGGUCUUUGUGGAUAUGUAAAUAAAACCAAGCGCAUGUGGGAUCA